AUGGAUCAAAUAAGCAGUAAAGAAAAUAGAAAAUUGUUAAAUGAUGGACCAAGAUUUACUAAGUUAAAACAGUUAUUUAAAAAAACUAUUGAUGAAACAUUUAAUCCACUGUAUUAUGACCAACCAAUAUCUAAUGAGGUUUAUAAUAUAGUACAGUCUAAGUUAUCAGCAGUAUUUAAGAAUAAAAUAGGAGAGUACCACUUAGAGAUGUUAUUAAAUAGACUAGAUAUGGAAAUAUCUAAUAAAAGAGUGAGUUAUAAAGAUAUUACGGAUGAAAACUAUAUAAAAGAAAUAUUUGAAUCAAUAAUUGUUGAUAAAAAAAUUGGUAUGAUAAACGCACUAGAUCUUGCAAAAAAACAACUUAAAUCAGAUAUAAAAGAAUUAAAUAAGAUGAGAGAAACGUUAGAAAAAGACAUUCAAAAACUUAAUAAAGAAAAUAGAACAUCAGAAAUAGAAUAUGAAAAUAUUUUAAAUCUUGAAUAA